GAAUAUCCACUACCCCAUAUCAUCCCGUGGUGGUUGUAAGAGGCGACAGAGGGAAACUGAAAGAAACGGGCAGCAGCAUCUUCUGAUAACAACUCUACAUAGAAACUGCGGUUGCCAACCCACCUGCCAAGCGAAACAAUUAUGGCAUAACUUAUGAGGCAGUCUAUGGGGUAGGCCAUGUUCAGCGGUGGACUAGGCUGUAAUGGAUGUAUGUAUAGAUAAUCUACCAGGAGCACAUGACCCAGUGAGAGAUGAAAUUAUUAAAUCAACAGUAACAUUACAACUAUGGCAAAUAUUCCCCCUGUGAUGCAAUCUAUGGAGGGGGGGGGCAUGUUCAGCAGUGGACUUUUAUAGCCUGUAAUGGAUGUAUGUAUAGAAGAUAAUCUACCAGGAGCACAUGAAUCACUGAGAGGUGAAAUUAUUAAAUCAACAGUAACAUUACAACUAUGGCAAAUAUUCCCCCUGUGAUGCAAUCUAUGGGGGGGGGGGGGCUGUAUUCAGCAAUGGACUUUUAUAGGCUGUAAUGGAUGUAUGUAUAGAAGAUAAUCUACCAGGAGCACAUGACCCACUGAGAGGUGAAAUUAUUAAAUCAACAUUAACAUUACAACUAUGGCAAAUAUUCCCCCUGUGAUUCAAUCUAUGGGGGGGGGGGGCUAUGUUCAGCAGUGGACUUUUUUAGGCUGUAAUGGAUGUAUGUAUAGAUAAUCUACCAGGAGCACAUGACCCGCUGAGAGGAGAAAUUAUUAAAUCAACAGUAACAUUACAACUAUGACAAAUAUCCGCCCUGUGAUGCAAUCUAUGGGAGGGCCUAUGUUCAGCAGUGGACUUUUAUAGGCUGUAAUGUAUGUAUAGAAGACAAUGUACCAGGAGCACAUGACCCACUGAGAGCUGAAAUUAUUAAAUCAACAGUAACAUUACAACUAUGACAAAUAUCCUCCCUGUGAUGCAAUCUAUGGGAGGGCCAAUGUUCAACAGUGGACUUUUACAGGCUGUAAUGGAUGUAUGUAUAGAAGAUAAUCUACCAGGAGCACAUGACCCACUGAGAGGUGAAAUUAUUAAAUCAACAGUAACAUUACAACUAUGACAAAUAUCCUCCCUGUGAUGCAAUCUAUGGGAGGAAAUUUUCAAAUCAACAGUAACAUUACAACUAUGACAAAAUCACCCCUUAUGAGGUAAUCUAUGUGGGAUGCCUAUGUUCGUUCAGCAGUGGACUUUUAUAGGCUGUUAUGGAUGAAUGUAUAGAAGAUAAUCUACCAGGAGCACAUGACUCACUGAGAGGUGAAAUUAUUAGAGAAGGUUCAGAAUAAGUAAUAUAGGUAUAUUGUGAAGAAAAAUUAAUUAAAAAAAUCUCAAACAUUCUGUCCUUUUUAUCUUUUAAAUUCGAAAUGUGUGGUAAUGCAUUAUUUUAACUGAUUUUACUGCUCACGAACAUAUUCGUAAAGGUUGUUUGGUAGGCAAAAACGUUGUUGCCCAAAAAUCACAUUCAAUUUGGGAUAAUUAAAAAAAGUAGAAACAUUGUUUACACGUAUUUUAAAAAUCUGCAGUAAUGGUAUAUCAUUAUUUAUGUAUUUGAACUUUAAGUUAAAAUUUGGCUACUCUUUGAAAAGUAACACUGUAUAUUUAAUUUCUUAGUUGUUGAGAGCCCUAAGCUCGAAGUUGUUGACUAGUAUGUUUACCUGUGACAAAUAGUCCGACUAACGACGUCCAAAUUCGACCGAGAGGUAAAUCGACGUAUCCGACUCGGUUGGUUAGCGUUCGAGAAAUUGCGACACAUCUUCUCGUCAGGUAUACCGCAAAACUUGAAAACGAGACUGUACAAUCAGUGCGUGUUGCCAGUGAUGACCUAUGGAACUGAGACGUGGUCCCUCACUGCUGGCCGAAUGAGGAAGCUCAAGGUCGCUUAGCGAGCUAUGGAGAGGGCUAUGCUCGGAGUUUCUCUGCGUGAUAAACUUAGAAAUGAGGAUAUUCGCAGUAGAACCAGAGUGACCGACAUAGCUCAAUGGAUUAGUAAGCUGAAUUGGCAGUGGGCCGGCCAUAUAGCUCGAACAACCAACAACCGAUGGGGAAGAAAGGUUCUAGAGUGGCAGCCUCGUGCCGCUCUGUACUCUCAGUAAGACAUGCAGGACGUCGAUGGAUGCCGGUGGCUCAGGACCGUGCUUUGUAGCAUUCCUUGGGGCCUCCCCCUAUGUUCAGUAGUGGACUUGUGAAGGGCUGUAAUGAUUUUCACCUUUUUUAUAUAGGGAAAUGCCUACGCAUACCCACCCGCCUUGCGGGGGCAAGGACGGGUUAUGUUGGACUCGCACCGACUAAAACCCCAUGGUGUUCCACCUUCGCCGCAUAUUGGCAGGGCCACGGGAACGCUUUCGCACACAUCCGCGGCCCCACCAACGCCGGCCGUCCCAUGGCAGCCUCUUCUCGGGGUAGGUGCUCUCCUCCCCACUCUCCCGCUCAGGUAAGGCGCACCAGGAACACAAGGCACGCCCCCCUCCACGGCCUCCAACUCCACCUGCGUAUCGGACCCCCCCGAGUUCGAUACGCGGAGGCCAUGGAGCCAGGAAAAUCGAACGCUUAGUAGCACCCGCUUUGCCGACCCCAGCGGCGGAAAAGCGGGUGCUACUAAGCGGUCUGGUCUCUGGCUACGCCGCCAAACAAGUGUCGGCCGCGGAGGGUAGGGAGAACGGGGCCUCGCAAUACCGGCACUUCUUUCCACUCACUCAGAGCCACCUCGGGCCGGCCCUACACCACCUACACUACGGGCCAGCCAAGGGGUUCCUCUUUGUUCACCGCGGGUGACCAAGCCACGGCUACUAAGCCCCCCCGCCACGACAAGGCGGGAACCCGUUCGGGGGGGUCUUUUUAACCACCUACAUAGUUCUAUCACUGCCUUAAUGUUUACUUUCAGAGAAUGCCUUAAGCAAUAAGUCCGCCUUUUGAUUUUGUACUUAAUAUGUGAGGUUCAAUAUUGUUUAAAUAAAUAAAUAUACACAAUUGUUUCCAGGUCGCCUUAAGAUCAGGGUAAUCCCCACCAUAGGUUUGGUGAAACAGAACAAGACUAAGGACUUCAUAGUGGGCUUCACGGACCUCGGCAACUGUGACGACUUCUCCACCGAGAUCCUGGAGUGGAGAAUAGCCAGGGCCGACGUGAUAGAGUACUCGGGCGACCUGCUGGUGCCGCCGGCGGAGGCUCGCAAGCAACGCGCCCUCACUGUGCACAGCAAGAAGACGAUAAGGGGCCCACAGGACAGUGACUCCGACCUCGACCUCAGUGAUUGAAAUUAUAAUUUUAUUAUCUUUGUUUUAAUGCUUUAAAAUUAUAUAGUCUACAAAACUACCAAUUUGGUAUUAAAUUGAGAAUAUGGCAAUCUAGGAUAUUUGCUUAUGGUAUGCAGCCUAUGACACGAUAAAUAAUAAUAAAGACAUACCAACUAAUAUGUUUUAAAUUGAUUUAUAGUAAUGAAUAAAAGACUUGUGUUAAGAUUGAGAAACAUACAAACUGUUUAAACGAACAAAGAGAAAUGUAAAGAACACUAUGUAUAUAAAAUGCGUUAGUGUUCAGAUUAUCUUUCUUUUUUGGUCUGAGAAUGAGAUGUAUGAAUGUUUAAAUUUUAACAAUGUGACUAGAACAUUGUUAAUGAAGACAGUGUUUGCUCCAGUAUUUUCCAAUGGUUUCUUAUUUUUAUUUUUAUGAAAAUAGUUUUAUUGUUAUAGGACAUUACUAUGACAGAUAAAUUAUAUUACUAGCUCUACGUUAAUGUUUUUUUUUUAAAUAAUAUCCCAACAUGAACGAAUAAUGACUGUUAGUGUAUGUGAUGUUGCAUUUAAUUAAAUUCACCACGAGUGCCGCACUAGCUUUCAUAUUGAAUUUAUGUGAUUUGAUGUUAAAUUUUUCUAUACACUUUAGUUUACGUUAACUUCAUUGAACUGUUAAUAGAGACUUAACAAAUAAUAUUUUGCUAAAUUAAAACUUACCUAUUUUAACUGUUUAAACUAUACCGAAUGCUAAUAAUUACGUAUUAUAAUAAUAAACAUUUUAUAC